AUGGGGUUGAAGAAACUCGACGCGAAGAGCUUGCAGCCAUAUCCGAAUGGUAUCGGUCGCGAAAGUGAGCACUGGCCAAAAGACCCACGUACAGGAAGGCCAUACCUCAGGUUCCGAUGGUCACGCAAUGCCGAAGACGAUGUUAACUCAUCUGGUCUUGAUGAUAUUUUUGCCUCAAUCCGAGCGACGGGUGCCGCGCGUGUUGCUGAUGCCGUUCCAGAGCUGAGGAGAAUCUGUGACCGAGACCUCAAGGUGAAGAUCAAGGCGAAGUUCAUCUACAUGGCGAGAGAGUUCAGGAAGUCAGAAAGGCAGGCAGCCGAGCACGAGAAUAUCGAGGCAGCUGCGGAGGAGGAGGUCGAGGAAGAAGAAGAAGAAGAGGCAGAGGAAGCCGGAGCGGACGGGGAGCAUCAGGCCAGAGGAACAAGGCAGAAAGCCACAGAGCCUGUCAUUGAGGUUGACCGUGCGCACAAGAACUCAUGUGUUGCCUCUAAGCUACAGGGGCGUGUUCGCAAACGACAGAACUCAAUUUACACCGAUAAGAAGUACGACUCAGCUUUUAUGAUCAACGCCAUGUCGGAUGACGAAGAUGAUCCCACCUGGUCACACGGUGAGGUGAAGCGGUACAUCAGUCGCGCGCCAGGCUAUCGUAGUGAAACAGUCAAACAGCUAUACAUAAGCAUUGACGCGAUCGCUGACAAAGAUCCAGAUAAAGCAAAGGCAGCCACGACACGAAUCAGGGGACCCGAGUAUCCAGACGCUGUGCGGCCCAAGGCAAAGAAGCUGGCGAAUCGAAUUCGCGCGUGGCAAGUGAACGAUGUUCUCCUUGCAGAAAAUCAGCAUUGGCUAACAUCGGGGAGAGUUGCGAUAAGUGGUUGGCUGUGGGGGGAUGACGAAGACCCAGAGGACAGUGAGCUCAAGAGGAAGAGUGUCGAAGCCGGCGAGAGGAAUGGGAAGAAGCGUCGCCGAGUAGUUGAUUCAUCUGCAGUCGCUCAGGCUCAGUCGCGUGUGGAAGCUUUGACAAAUGGCGGGGACAUUAACCAGCUCUUCGCUGGUCUUGGGUGA